AUGAAUGAAGCGGAGCGGAAGCGUGCUGAUCGAAUUGCAAUGAUGCGUCUCAAGAUGAACACCAGGCAGUGCAGUAUCCCAGCUGCUGAACAAAUGUUUCUAUUCUUGGUUGAAGAGGACGGAAAACGAAAUCCAGUGAUGAUCUCCAGACAUUGGACGAUUGGACGAUGUGUCGAUCACAUUGCGAAACAGUUUGCUAUAACAAAUCAUAAUGCUACUUUUGGAGCAAAGGUAUUUUUUCAGUCGCUCUGA